AUGGAUACUGUAGUUAAGAGUAUGCUGGAUGAUGACGAUGCGGAGGAAGAAAAGAAGGGGUUUGUGUUAUUUGGCAGAGAUAUAUCUAAAAUACCCUGUUUUAGAGAAAGUUUUCUUUAUGGGAUAGCAACAGGAGUUGGUGUUGGAAUAGCUGCCUUCUUAAAAACAUCUCGUCCAAUGUUAUCACAGCAUAUAGGAGUAGGCACAUUUUCAAUUACUACAAUGGUGUACUGGUCAUUCUGUAGAUAUCAGUGGUCUAAGCAAAGAUUUGAUGCUCAACUAUUGCAAGAUGCACUUAAAGAUAAAAUUAUGUAUGAAGGUACAGUAGUGGAGAGAGAGUUGGAGCAGAAAGGCAUAUUAAAAUCUGCAUGA